GGCUUACUCUUCAACCUUAUUUCAAUUCCAAUCUAAGACCAAUCCGAUCCCAAUGUUAAUUUUGCAGUCACGUGAUUUCGUACUCUUGAAAACAAUCUGACAACAUUGGAUUAAAAUUGGGAUUGCCCCGCGAUUAUUUGUUACACGUGAAGUUAGCUAUGAGACGGGCUGCAAUAGUGUCGUCUAACUCUUUACGAUUAAUCGGUAAUAGGACUUUUAAAUGCUUUAUCCUUUAAAAAACAAGGCUAAUAAAUAUUUCUGAAUAAAAUAAAUAUUUAAUUUUAUUCUUUUUAACAUAUUCCAUCUAUUUGAGCGAUAGAAAAUGGUCAAAAUCAUAAAAUCACGUUUGACGUUGGCUGUAUGCGGGAGGAUCGUUGCCGCCUUUUCUGCAACCCGACGCAGAGGCGCUCCAAUUUCAAAUAUUCCAAACAUAAUCAAGUGGUUGUGAAGAGUGAACUUAUUUUAGUUGCGAGAGUUAAGAUAUUUAUAAUUUUGAAUUCAUAUUUAAUUAGUUACUCAACUAUUAAGAGAGAUUUACAUAAGGGGUAAGUAAAAAAAUAUACUAGCUUUAAUAUAAGUAAGUAAUGUUUUAUUAUGGUUUUACUUAACUAAAUAAUGAGAACCAACUAUUUUUGUUUUGUCGCUGUAUAUAAUUACUAUCCUAGGUUACUUUAUAAAGAUGUAGCUUUUGAUGAUAUUGACUUAUAAAAACGAUGAAGAAAUUUUUGAGUUUACGUAUUUUGUAGAUAAUUAUACACAAUUAUAUUUGUUAUUAUUUACGUUUGUGAAUAAAUGUGUGUUUACACAUACAAACCUUUAUUAUACUAGUGUAGUUAAAUUAAUUUAUUAAAUAUGAAUAAAAUACAAUAUUUGUAUUUUGUUGCGAAUUAUAAAAGUUUUUCAAUUUCAGUAAAUAUGUCCAAUCGGCCAAGUUAUGCUCAGUUAGAAGGUUUGGUGGAGUUUCUCGAAGAAAACCCGGGCAUAGCUAGAGGAGUGCUUCGGACAACGCACGGUAAAUUGCAAACAAAGAGAAAAUGGGAAACGUUAGCGAAUACAUUGAAUUGUCUUGGAGGAGCAAUUAAAAAUGGACAAGGCUGGGCUAAGUAUUGGGCUGAGAAGAAAUGUGCUUUAAAAAAACAUUGUGCAGAUCUUUCGGCUUCAAUGACACGUACUGGGGGAGGGACAGACAACCUAGCAGUGUUGUCUGCCCUAGACAAUAGAUUAGUGGCAGUAAUGGGGGGACAAGAAUUUGCGACGCGUGAUACAAUAUUGACAGUCGACCCAUUUCCUCAAUCGUCUGCACCAGUAGUGGAAAACAUUUUAAUACCUGCAGAAAGUGCGGAAAUGGAUAGUUCCACAAUUAUAACGUCACACAAUGAGGCAGUACAAGAAUUACCCACGAUACCUGCGCCUGCGACGCCACUUCAAAGUACCCUUCCACAGCGACCCCGCCGACGCCGGUCCUCGAUACAGAGAACGGUGGAUAUUGACAUGCAGCAGAUGACGGAUAUCGAAGCGCGGCGGGUUGAAGCCGAAUUGAUUACAGCGCAAGCAUUAACCAAAUUGUCAGAGAGCGUUAGCAAUAUUGGAAAUGCUUUGUUGUCAAUUGCUAAUGCAAUUUCAGAAGUUGCAAGAAAAAUGCCCAGUCAAUAACUUUUCAAGAUUAUAUUAUUAUGUACUUAUGUGUUGAAAUUAUUUUUUUUAUUAUUCUUUUUUUAUUUGUUAGGUAAUGUAUCAUUCUAUUUUAAUUGUUAAUUUGUGUUAUAUUAGUAGAAAGUAUAGAAAUAAAUACUAUGAUUAAAUAAAAAAAGUUUAUUCAUUUCAUUCAUCAUCACAUGUAAAAACUUAGAUUAACAACUUAAUAGAUUAAUCAUUUAAAAAUAAGUUGAGUAGGUAACUUAUAACUACCAAAGCUGAAAAAUAUACAAUUUUUAUACCAAA